UGUUUACCUACUCCCACACCAAACCUUGUUGCUGGUGGCGGACAACACGAGGGAUAUUCUCUCCCUUAAUACAUUUCAUUUACAAACUUAAAAUCACUCUUUCACUUAAUACACAGAAGAGAGAACCGCGUCUCCUCUUCCGUUUCAGAUCUCCAAAAUGCAGACCGCGGCUUUCACUCUCUCUCCUUCCCUUCCUCUCCGUAACAUCAAUAACCGUUUCACACGUUCCCUUAACCUCCGUCUCUCCGCCAAAUCAAACGACGCCGUCAAUCCCAAUGCCGCUUCCUCUUCCUCUUCAUUCACUCGUCAAUCUUGGUCCAUUUCUCCUUCCUCUUCUUUCAAAUUCAGACCUCUUCCUCUCCUUUCAACCUCCGAUCCCUCUCCUCCUAGAGCCACUUCCGUUCCCGAAUCCGCCGGCGAAUCUGCCGACUCUAGUUCGUUGAUUAAGACUCUUCAACUUGGAUCGUUGUUUGGCUUAUGGUACCUCUUCAAUAUCUACUUCAAUAUUUACAAUAAACAGGUUUUGAAAGCGUGUCAUUUCCCUGUAACAGUGACUGUCGUUCAAUUUGCUGUUGGGACUGUUCUUGUAACGUUUAUGUGGGCUUUUAAUCUCUACAAGAGGCCCAAAAUCAAUCGCGCUAUGCUUGCAGCGAUAUUGCCACUUGCUGUGGUGCAUACUUUGGGGAACCUUUUCACCAAUAUGAGUCUUGGAAAGGUGGCUGUCUCAUUCACUCACACCAUUAAAGCUAUGGAGCCUUUCUUUUCUGUCAUCCUUUCUGCUAUGUUCCUUGGAGAGAUGCCUACACCUUGGGUGGUUGGUUCCCUCCUGCCUAUUGUUGGUGGAGUUGCCCUGGCGUCUGUUACUGAGGCCUCUUUCAACUGGGCUGGAUUUUGGAGUGCAAUGGCUUCCAAUGUGACAAACCAAUCACGUAACGUUCUUAGCAAAAAGGUCAUGGUUAAGCAAGAGGAAUCCUUGGACAACAUAACUCUCUUUUCUAUAAUAACAAUAAUGUCCUUCUUCAUGUUAGCACCUGUGGCUAUUUUCACGGAGGGUGUCAAAUUUACCCCUGCUUACCUGCAAUCUGCUGGCUUAAAUGUUAGACAAGUGUACACCAGAUCUCUUCUUGCUGCACUCUGUUUCCAUGCAUAUCAGCAAGUUUCUUACAUGAUAUUGCAGAGGGUAUCACCUGUUACCCAUUCCGUCGGCAAUUGUGUGAAGCGGGUCGUAGUCAUCGUUAGCUCUGUCAUCAUCUUCAAAACACCUGUGUCUCCUGUGAAUGCUUUUGGCACUGCAAUAGCACUUGCUGGUGUUUUUCUCUAUUCGAGGGUGAAGCGAAUUAAGUCAAAGCCAAAGACGGCUUAAUUUUUAAUGGCUUUUAGCAAAAUAACUCAACAGCCAAGUCUGUGCAGCAUUCUCAUUGUACUGUGUUGGACUGUUGGUCAAGGCAAUCCACUGCCCACCAAACCUUAGGCUUCAUUAAUCUAACCAAAAAAUGGCCUAUAUUAUAUGGAUGCAACUUCAUCAUGGGAGUAACUCUAUUUUUGUGGGGAGAUAUAUAGUAAUUAUUAAGCAUUUUCAAGCUUAAAAAAUAGUGUGGGCAGUUGCCUCCAUGGAGGCUUCAAUUUUUCAAUUUUAUCUUUUAUGUUUUAUUCAUUUUUAUUAUUUAUUUUUAUUUUAAUUCA